AUGGGAAGAUGCGGCGAACCAGGAGGAGGACCUGUCCAGACGGACACAAAACAUCAACAUAAACGCCAACACCUUCAGGCCUGGGCCAACUCAUUCCAGCCUGGCGCUGCCUCCUUCCAACCAGGACAGCAAUACCAGCAGAAUGGGUAUCAGAACUACGGCUACGGCCAACAGCAGGGCUAUAACCAAUACCCACAGUACGGCCAACAACAGUACAACCAAUAUGGCCAGGAUCAACAGCAGAACUACAAUCAAGGGUAUAACAGCGGUCAAUUUGCUGCCUACAAUCAGUCGCCUGGAGCAUUUCAACCCAGACAAGGUGCUCCCAUAAGCAUUGCGAAGAGAUCAGACACGCAAUCAGCGUCUGCACCCACAUCCCAACAGGCUCCAGCGCCGGCCGCUCGAGUUGAGACAACCCCUGCUGCGUCUGCUCCGAAACCACAGCCUGCUGCUGCUGCUGCUGCACCUCCGAAGGCUAAGGUCUUGUCGAUUGGUGUCCCUACAUCGGCCUCCGCCUCGCCUAAGAAACCUGCCUCUCCAACUACGAAGGACGAGCCAGGCUCUUCCAAGGCAGAAGCCGGAUCAAAAGUCACAGCCGCCAAAGCAGUUGAGAAGACAGGAGAGAAAGUGACGGGCAAGACAUCCCCCGCUCCAUCGUCAGGAAAGUCGUCCCCUACACCAGCGGAAGCGAAGAAGCAACGAAAUGCGGAAGAAGUUGCGGCGGCACAAACCGCCGAUGUCGACCAAUCUGUCCUGGAAAAGAUGUACGGCAAAGAGCACGUCAACAUCAUCUUCAUCGGCCACGUCGAUGCCGGUAAAUCUACACUCGGGGGUCAAGUGCUAAUCCAAACUGGCAUGGUCGACGAGCGGACCUUGGAGAAAUACAAGCGUGACGCCAAAGACGCAGGCCGCGAGACAUGGCACAUCUCCUGGAUUCUGGACCUCAACAAGGAAGAAAGGGCAAAGGGCAAGACCGUCGAAGUCGGCCGCGGCUUCUUCGAGACUGACAAGCGGAGAUACACCAUCCUGGACGCACCAGGCCACAAGACCUACGUGCCCAGCAUGCUCAGCGGCGCCGCUCAAGCCGAUGUGGCCAUCCUCGUCAUCUCUGCCCGGAAAGGCGAGUUCGAAACCGGAUUCGAAAAGGGCGGCCAGACCCAAGAACACGCCAUGCUGAUCAAAACCACCGGAGCCAAGGAGCUCGUGGUGGUGGUCAAUAAAAUGGACGACCCCACCGUCGGAUGGAGCAAAGAACGCUACGAUGACAUUGUCGGCAAGUUGAAGCCGUACCUCAAGAAGCGAAUCGGCCUGGACUCGACAUUCAUGCCCAUCUCAGCACAAACAGGCAUCAACGUCAGGGACCGCAUCCCCUCCAGCGUCGCGAACUGGUAUACCGGCCCCUCCCUCCUCGAAUUCCUCGACGGCAUGGCCAAGAUCCAGUGA